AUGUCCCUUUACCGUCGCGAUCUGAUCCUUGCAGGCGUCGGUGGGUUUAUCGCAUGGGGCCUCGUGGUUCGAUGGCUGCCGUUCCUUCGAUAUCUAGGAUGGGCCGUGGCGCUGGGCGCCGCCGUCUCCUCCGCUGGUUUUCUCGCUCUCGUCGUCUUGACUGUUCGAACUACUUCCAGAAAUUCCCGCGGCUCAAAGAAUGUCUCGGUGGCGUUCAUCACACCCAAGAAUUGGCGGAAAGAAGUAUUCAAUGCGCGCAAGACGGCCCGAUAUCAAAAGAAACCAUUAUACCCCGAAUCCUUUGUCGUGUCAGAAGGACUCGACGAACUUCUCUCUUUCAUAACACGAGACUUUGUAUCCUCGUGGUACCAUAAUAUUAGUCCCAACCCGACCUUCCCAAAUGAAAUCGAUCGAGUGAUCCGCGUGGCCCUCGAAAACCUGCGAGAUCGACUGCUGGCAGAAGAUUUAAUCUCCUUGGUCAUAUCUCGCAUCGUCCCGAUAUUGACAACUCACCUCAAGGAGUUCGACGUGGCGGAGCGUUUAGUCCGUGGACGCAACCUAGAUCGCAAUGUGACGGAAUCCGAGGAGUUAGAUCGGGCCAUCGCCAACAAGUUUCGCGAAGGUCGUCUUCAUCCUGCAGCGGCUCUUUCGGCUUCUGAUCCCAAGCUUGUACAGCAGGAGUAUCUUCGCAAGAUCGCCGUGACACUUUCCCCGCAGCUGUUUCCAGAAAGCGUCCUCAAUAGCAGGAUUGUUUCAGUCUUGAUCCAUGAAAUCAUAUCGUGCGCGGUGCUCAUGCCCAUCAUGACAGCGUUAUCUGACCCAGAUACGUGGAAUCAGCUGGUCGAGGCAUAUGGACGGACCGCUUUACAGGACCGAAAAACCGUUCGCAAGCUGCGCGCUGCACUGGACGAACACGCAUCCCCGGCUCCCAAAUCCAAGCGCGGCCAGCCAUUUCCGCGACUGGCUGCUAAUGAUUCGGAACGAGUCUUUGAACGGUUCGUUCGAGCUAUCAGAAGAUGUAAUAACCUGUCAGAUGCUCGUCGGUUCCGCGCGGCUGUUGUCAGUCAAUUGAAGCGCGAGAGUAUGGUUCCAGGACAAGAUCCGGUCUAUCUCAAGCGUCUCGAAACAGGCAAGCGUGUGCUGGAUCAAAAGGUUGCAAACCUCGCUGUCCCUGGAGGCAUGCCCUCCAUUCCGCCCAUCCCACAAGUUGCAGUAAAUGUGCACCAUGCCAAUCCCCCAGUAGCAAAAGAGACAGCUCUUGCGGAUGUUCUCCACCAGGCAUCGGGUCUCUCCUAUUUCAUGGAAUUCAUGGACCGCCAGAAAUUGAUGUCUCUUGUUCAAUACUGGAUCGUUGUUGAUGGGUUCCGCAACCCGCUGGAGGACGAUUUUGGGGACGAAGCAUCGCCAUCAUCUACAGCAUGGAGUACUUCCGAUCGGAAUGACAUCGCCCUCCUCAGCGAAACCUAUCUCAACAAGCCAGAACUGAAGGUAUCUGACGAGUCUCGCAAAGCCGUCAAGACCUUUCUCAGCGCUGGGAAACGCGCGACCGCGGAGCAGUACCGUAAGGCCCGCAGAGUCGUGUUAUCGACGCAAUCGGCUGUACUGGAAGAAUUGGAAGCCAAUUUCUACCCGAAAUUCAAAGAGUCGGAUCUAUACUGGAAGUUUCUUGCGUCCGACGAGGCCUCCGGCUCAAACGCUGCGGCUAAACCUCCAACGCCGACCGUUACAUUCGAACCUCCCGAGAGACGACCUUUACCACCUCUGAUUGUACGAACAAGCUCGCAGCCAGGAAAUAGACCGCCAAGGGACCUUCGACGAGCAGCUGUCUCAUCGAGCGAUGUGCGUGGCAUGGGCAAGCUUUUCGAUGACGAGGAUUCACCGCGACGGUCGAUUGAUUCUGACCGAUCAGUACCAUUGUUUGACGAUGACUAUGACACUGACAACAUGGCUAUGUCUACCAAUAGCUUGAGUAAGGACUCGCAGAACGGAGAGGCCGAAGCAUCGCAGAGCCAUGUUCUUGAAACGAUGGAAGCAGCUCUGAAUGACAUCAUCACGAACGAGCCAAAGAAUGCGCGAGUGGAUGAUUCGAAAGGAAGCGGCGAUGCUAUAUCCUCGUCCUCUCUAUUUGGACCAGAGCGUCCUGAGAUAUCACCUCGCAAUUCGACAGAGGCUCCCCUAGGCGACAGUGGUCUUUUUGAGAAGACCGAGAAAGGCAAGAAGAGCAUCGCAUCACUUGGCCUGGUCGGCAAUGGCCGCUUCGGUGUUUUCGACGACGACCUUUUCCCAGACCAAGAGAAGUUCAUUGAGGACGAGUAUGAGGAGCCAGUUGGCGACGCGGAUAAAGAUUCUGCAGACGAAGUUCAUGAAGCGGCACCCGGUGAUUUGGGCUUGACAGAGGCCAUUGAAGCUUUGACAGUCGACAUCGAUAAACUCACAUCCCAAGACGCUGUCGUGGAAGCACUGACCCGCAAGGCCGAGUUGACGAACAACACUGCAGAAUUGCGCAUUCUGCGCAAAUCCAAGGCAAGCAUUCAGCGAGAAAUCCACCGCAAGGAGAUGCAGCGGCAGCAGUAUAUUAUCCAAGAAGGCGACAACAGCCUAUAUGGACGAUCAACCAUUCGGAUCAAAUCGAUCAUGGUAGGGAACGAGCCAACUGAUGGCCGGGAAUUCGUUAUGUAUGUCGUCGAAGUCCAACGCAACGCAGGCGAACAGAUGCCCGCCGCAUCAUGGGCCGUUCCCCGCCGCUACAGCGAAUUCCACGAACUACACCAAAAACUGCGAAACAGUUACGCAUCCGUGCGACAUCUCGAGUUUCCCCGCCGCCGUAUGGUCAUGAAACUACAAAAGGAAUUCCUGCGCAAACGCCGCCAAGCUCUAGAAUACUACCUCCAACAACUCCUCCUCCUUCCAGAAGUCUGCCGCAGCCGAGACCUCCGCGCAUUUCUCUCGCAGAGCGCCAUUCUCCCCCGCACAGACAACACCGCUCAGGCCGAAGCCGAAACAAAAGACCUCGUCUCCCGCAUAUACAACUCUGUCGCAGACGGCAUGGACGAUUUCCUCGGUAACUUCGGCGUACUAGAUCAACUCUCGACAGCAGGCCAAAACCUCAUUUCCGCCGCAACAACACAAGCGUUGACAGCGCCAGCAUCAGCGGGCCCAGGCCCAGGCCCAGUAGGCUCAAGCGGAUCAAUCGACCCCCUAACCGAAGACGCCGUAACAAGCGCCGAAGCCGAAGCCGAACUCAACGCCUUCGAAGACAGAGACUUAGAACCCUUCAUCAAACCAAUCUGUGACCUCUUCCUCGAAGCCUUCGAACUAAACCGCGGCAACAACUGGCUCCGCGGCCGCGCCGUUGUCGUCGUCCUCCACCAAUUACUCGGCGGAACAAUCGAGCGCAAAGUCCGCGACGGCGCACGAUCCCUCGGCCAAGACGAAAACCUCCUAAAAUACAUCUCGCUCGCGCGCGACGCCCUCUGGCCCGACGGCAUCCUGCGCAAAUUCCAGCCCCGAGCCGGAGCGGAGAAAUUGAAAAGUCGCGCUGAGGCUACCGUUGUUCUCGCUACGCUUGUCCCCGAUUUAGCGGGCAAUGUCGUUGGCCGGGCGAAUGCGCAGGCUGCAGCUCGACGGAUCUUCGCGACACUUAAUAAUCGGCAUCUUAAUGCGCAUUUGGCCUUUUCGGUGCUGGAUGAGAUUGUUUUGGUGCUUUUUGGCGCGGGGAGGGGGGAGGGGAUAGGUUCCUAG